CCUUUGCUUCAUUAUCGUCUUCCUCGGUAAACCCUAGUCUCGCAGGGAGAAAAGGAAAUUCUGUGCGAAUCAGACCUCAACGUCUUUAUUGAUAAACCCUUGUCUCGGAGAAAGCAAAAACAGGAGGCUCUCUGCGAAUCAAACGUCAACAAUGGCGACCUCAUACGACUACGAAGAUGGCAGCUACUCGACCAAACAGCAGCACCCGGACUCUUCACUCGAGUCGUAUGACCCGAACUACGUCCCAGACCCGGUGAAGUCGUUCGUCGGCCAUCUGUACAGGCACAUUAGGGAGAAGAAUGUGUACGAGAUCCACCAGAUGUACGAGACUUCGUUCCAGAGCCUCAGCGAGCGCAUGUUCAAGGACACUCCAUGGCCCUCUGUUGACGCAGUCGCACCUUACGUCGACAACGACCAUGUCUUCUGCUUGCUUUACCGGGAGAUGUGGUUUCGCCACCUCUAUGCUCGGCUCUCCCCGACUCUCAAGCAGCGUAUUGAUUCGUGGGACAAUUACUGCAACUUAUUCCAGGUGGUUCUACAUGGGGUGGUAAACAUGCAAUUGCCAAACCAGUGGUUGUGGGAUAUGAUUGACGAAUUUGUUUACCAAUUUCAGUCAUUCUGCCAAUACCGUGCCAAGAUGAAGAACAAGACCGAACAGGAGGUUACAUUGCUGAAGCAGUUUAAUCAGGCAUGGAAUGUGUAUGGUGUUCUCAACUAUUUGCAAGCACUUGUUGAGAAAUCUCAGAUUAUCCAAAUCUUGGAGAAGGAGAAAGAGGGCCUUGAGGAAUUCACUUCUACUGAUGGAUAUGAUUACAGUGGUGGCAGUAACGUCUUGAAAGUUUUGGGCUAUUUCAGUACGAUUGGCUUGCUUAGGGUUCAUUGUUUGUUGGGUGAUUAUCAUACUGGCCUCAAGUGCUUACGCCCGAUUGACAUAACUCAACAAGGUGUAUACACCAGUGUAAUUGGGAGCCACAUUACUACGAUAUACCAUUAUGGUUUUGCCAAUCUUAUGCUGAGGAGGUAUGUGGAUGCUAUUCAAGAAUUUAACAAGAUCCUUUUGUAUAUUUACAAAACUAAGCAAUAUCACCAGAAAUCUCCUCAGUAUGAGCAGAUACUAAAGAAGAAUGAGCAGAUGUAUGCCUUACUAGCAAUCUGUUUGUGUCUGUGCCCUCAAGUGAAGCUUGUUGAGGAGACCGUCAACUCUCAAUUAAGGGAGAAAUAUGGUGACAAGAUGUUGAAGAUGCAAAGAUAUGAUGAUGAGUCAUUUACUCUCUAUGAUGAACUCUUCUCAUAUGCAUGCCCUAAAUUUAUUACUCCAUCUUCCCCAAGUUUUGAGGAGCCCCUUGUAAAUUACAAUCAGGAUGCUUAUAGGCUGCAGUUGAAGUUGUUCCUUUAUGAAGUGAAGCAGCAACAAUUAUUAUCUGGUGUUAGGACCUACUUGAAAGUGUAUUCAACUAUUUCCAUGGGAAAACUUGCAAAUUACUUGCAAGUGGAUGAACCUACUUUGAGGACGAUUCUGAUGACAUACAAACACAAGACACAUGCUGUUGAUUCCAAUGGAAAAAUAUUCUCUAAUGCCGAUGUGGAUUUCUUUAUCGAUGAUGAAAUGAUUCAUGUUGUAGAAUCCAAACCAUCUAAGCGAUAUGGUGAUUACUUUCUGCGUCAAAUAGUCAAGCUUGAAGGUGUGAUGACUGACAUUGAUAGGAUAAAGCUGGAGUAAUAUACUUGGGUCUUUACCUCUUCUGCACUACAGCAUUUUUGUUGAUUCAUUUACCAAGUGGAGUUGGAGCCUUGUUUCUAAUCCAAAGUUGGGAUUGAACGUAGAGUGGUUCGCCCAGUAGUAGUGCUUCCCAUUCUCAUUUUCUCUUCAUAAAUGAUAUACUUGCUUAUAUUUAACUGUAUCAACCUUUGUUUUCCAAUUUGCAGAAUGUGUAUUGUUAUCAGAUUCUUUUUGAGUUCCAUUUUGUGCUUAUAUUGCAUUUCCCGUA